AUGGAGGAACCAACUCUACAAGCGCUGCUUGCGACCGCUUCACUGCUCGGAAUCAUGUCACACCAGCUGCUCUUCAAACGGUUCGAAGUAGACACCCAGCCCCUACUUCUGCUCCUCGCUGUCCCCACCUGCCCGAUCGUUCUACGGUACAUCCUUACGGUCCCAUGGACGUCGUCCCUGCUGGCCACGGCAUCUUACAUGGUCUCGCUCUUCGCUUCUCUCACCGUCCACCGCCUCUACCUGCAUCCGCUCCACCACUUCCCCGGACCGCCACUCGCAAAGCUCACCAAGCUCUACUCGCUCUUCACCGUCGCCCGGAGCGGAUCACGCUGGCAUCACGUCAAUGCUGCUCUCCACGCGCAGUACGGGGACUAUGUCCGGACCGGGCCUCGGGAGCUGUCAGUAGCUGAUCCCGCGGCCGUCAGUCACAUCUUGGGCUACGGAGCGAAGACUCACAAGGGCCCGUUCUACGAAUCGAUGGAAAAAAGCGUCAGCACAACACGAGAUCGGAAUUUCCACACGCAGAGACGCAAGGUGUGGGACUCGAGCCUGAAAACCCGUCGGACUAAACCAGUGCUCGCGACGUACACACCACAGCUGGAAGAGUUCACCGGGGCACUCAUCAGACGCAUCCGCUCACGCCUCGACAAACCCGUCGUGAUCAACGAGCUGUUUCUGAACUACAGCUACGAUGUCAUGACCCAGCUGGCGUUCGGUGAACCGGGCGGCUUCAUCAGCGGAGACCGGAGUGAGGCUUCUCAUUCCGUGAUGGCCGGACUCGAGGAGGCCACGUCGGCCAUCGGGCUCUUGUGCCAUGUGCCUUGGAUGAUGUCCCUCCUGACCACCUUCGCCUUUCUCCCAGGUCCCCUGAAAUGGUUCAACCAAUGGAGCAAUAUGAUGUUGAACCAGAGACGAAAACGAGGCUCGGAGAAGCCCGACCUCAUGGGCUAUCUGCUGGCCCACACCCCCAAAACGAGGAAAGGCGACGAGUUGCUCUUUUCAGAAUCCCGCGUGAUAAUUGUAGCCGGCAGCGACACAACCGCCACAACGCUGACCACGAUCUUCACCAUCCUGGCGUCGGAUCCGAAGCUGCAGCGCUCCGUACGGGCGGAAGUUGACCCUCUUCUCCUUUCUCCUCCUCUACAGAGCUCCGCCCCGCCCACGAGAUUCAGGUGCGACGUCGAAUAUCCCGUCCUCGACUCCAUCAUCAAAGAGACGCUCCGUCUCUACCCCACGGUCCUGUUCGCAACCAGACGCACCAACACCACGGAGGAGAUCGUCAUCCCACAUCAUUCGACCCCGAGCACCACCACCACCACCACCACCAGCAGGCCACCCAGCUCGCCGCUCGCAGCAGCAUCAGCAACGCGGAUCCCCCGCGACACGGUCGUCUCGAUGCCGCCCUAUGUCCUCCACCGAGACCCGAGGAACUUCGCCCACCCGGGGGACUUCAUCCCCGAACGCUGGACGACGAGACCCGAGUUGGUGCUCAACAGACACGCCUUCAUCCCCUUCUCCACCGGCAUCACGAACUGCCCCGGGAGGAAGCUGGCCAUGAUGGAGCUGCGCGACGUGGUCGCGAGGGUGCUCCACGAGUUUGAGCCCCGUCUCGCCGGCGCCGGCAGCAGGGCAGGGGAAUCUUUUGACGUGGAGACCUGGAUGGGGGAAACCAGGGAUUAUCUCGUGGCCAAGGUACCCCGGGUGGAACUUGAGUUCGCAGAAAGAUUUCCGGAACGGAUGAGCUGA